CACUCAUCACUCAUCAUGUCUCCUGUCAAGAUUGGAAUCAUUGGGGGCUCAGGCCUCAACAAUCCAGAAUUAUUUGAAGUCUCAAGAGAAAGUGUUGUCGAGACUCCAUAUGGCGCCCCAUCUGAUGUCUUGGUGGAAGGAAAAAUUGGCGAUGUUCCGUGUGUCUUGUUGGCCAGGCAUGGAAAAAAGCACAGCAUAAUGCCCACCAACGUCAACUACAGAGCCAAUAUUUGGGCCUUAAACGAGAAAGGGUGCACGCAUGUUAUUGUGUCUACAGCCUGUGGCUCGCUCCAGGAGGACAUUGAGCCAGGUGAUUUUGUAAUACUGGACCAAUUCAUUGAUAGGACGACAAAGCGUGUGCAGACAUUCCACGAUGGGGAGGAAGGACAUCUACCAGGGAUUCUUCAUCUACCAAUGGAUAGCCCAUUCUGUACAGAUACUCGAAAAAUUCUUGUAGACACCUGCAACGAAUUGGGUUACAAAGUGCAUCCUAAAGGUACAGUUGUGACUAUUGAAGGUCCUAGGUUCAGUAGUAAAGCAGAGAGCCAUGUGUUCCGUCUGUGGAAAGGUGAUGUUAUUAACAUGACAACAAUUCCCGAGGUUGUCCUUGCCCGAGAACUUGGCUUGAGAUAUGCAGCAAUUGCUAUGGCAACAGACUAUGACUGCUGGAAGGCAGGAGAGGAGCCUGUAUCUGUAGAAAAUGUUAUGAAAGUCUUUAAAUCCAAUGUUGGAAAGGCAACAUUGGUACUAAAGAAGGCAGUGGCUAAGAUUGCAGAGGAAGAUUGGACUGACAGGAUUGAAGCUCUCAAGAAGAGUGUUCAGAGCAACGUUAUGAUGCCACACUGACUCCUCAAAAGAAAGACCUGAAUUUUAAUUAUUUUAGAAAUUGACUUAUUUUGUGACAGCCACAAAGGACUACACGAGUUGUCGUAGAGCACCUGUGGUGACCUUAUUCCUCGCGUGUGCUGUAUAUCACUCGGGACUUUCUGUAUGAACAUUUUAACCAUUUUAAAAUAAAUUACAUUGCAAAUUUUUUUAUAUAUAUAUAUAUAUAUAUAUAUAUAUAUAUAUAUA